AUGUCUCUUCCUCGCACGGAACCCCGAAUCGAGCUCCCACGUGUAACACACGCCGCAUCCGAACGACAUUCCGAUCUGGGAGACAUUAUUCGAGACAUCACCAUCGGGUUUGCCGAUGGACUGACCGUUCCGUUUGCCCUAACCGCGGGACUUUCCAGUCUCGGGUCGUCCAAGAUUGUCAUCGUCGGUGGACUCGCCGAACUGUUCAGUGGAGCCAUCUCGAUGGGCUUGGGGGCCUACCUUGCUGCCGUGACCGACCGAGACCAUUACUCCAGUGAAGAGGCUCGUGAACGGGAAGAAGUGUUGACGAAGCCCGGGGCUGAGCAGGAAGAGUGUCUGGAGAUUCUGGAUGGGUAUGGAAUCUCCAGAGAGGCUAGUCAGUCGGUAGUGGAUUGUUUAACACGGGAUCCUGAGCAAUGGAUUCGGUUUAUGAUGGACUUUGAAUUAAAGCUUGAAAAGCCAAAUGUAUCGCGGGCUUGGAUCUCAGCUGCUACAAUGGGACUCUCAUACUUCAUCGGUGGCCUUCUUCCCAUGAUACCCUAUUUUGCCAUGAAGAAUACUACGCAUGCGCUUUUCAUCUCGAUUGGAAUCACUAUUGUCGUCUGCAUUCUGUUUGGAUUUCUCAAAAACUUUGCUAUCAUCAAGACCAAACGGGCCGGUUUUUAUGGCGCUGCACAAACACUCAUCGUUGGAGCCAUUGCGGCUGGGACAAGUUAUGGAAUUGUGUACGGGGUUGAUCACAGUAAUAUUGGGAAUUGA